CAAUUCGACAAAAAUGACGAAGUCGUGGAAAUUCCCGAGUCCCCCAAGACGACGAGGUGCGCCGACUAUACCACUCAGAAAAUCAAACUCAUUUGCAGAUGGCCACCAACCACCUCGACGAUUUAACUCCAUCGACCACUAAAUUUUGAACAUCGAUACUUCGUGAAACGUCGAUGAUGAGAUCUCCAUUCAAUUUUCAAUUUUAAAAUUUAUUUUAUAUUCAAUUAAAAAAAAUUAUAGAGCCACCAUAUAAAGCUCACGCCACAUGGAUGACUUUAUAUAGAGGUGACUGCCUAUACGCUGGAGAUGCUCGAAGAAAACUAUGUUCGAUUUGGGAAAUGUCUUAUCUCUCAUGAAUGAAACAGUCACUCACAAUAACCAGUAAUAUUUUUCCUAAUAGGGUAACAAAUUCCUCAUGAAAUUGCAGCGUUUGUUUCAGGCUAAACUGCCCCACCACAAUCAAAAUCCAGUCUCGAUGCAAUUUCCCCCAAUUUUUCUGCAAAUCGCUCCAGCUAUUUCGCAUCACAGUUUCACUGGUUUCUCCAACAUCCACCAUUCUUCCGUCUUAAUUGACCCACUAAUUGUUUGAUUUUUUACUUCAAUUUUCUUCGACCUUAAUUCAAGGUUUCCCUUCCGUCAUGGCAGAUAAUCAAGUUCCAAUAUUGGCAAAAUAUGGCUAUCACCGACCACUUCACAAGCUUAAGCGCUCUCACUGGUGGAUUUUCGUCGUAUUGAACAUAUUAUUUCUUAUUGUCGGUCAAGCAGUUGCUGUGCUUUUGGGAAGGUUUUAUUAUGAUAAGGGCGGGAGCAGUAAAUGGAUGGCCACUCUUGUCCAAACAGCGGCUUUCCCUAUCCUUUUCAUCCCAUACCUUUUCCUCCGUUCCCCUGAUGAGUCUACUAGUUUAUCAACGCCUCCUUCCACUCGCCUGGUAAUCAUAAUCUAUAUCGUUGUUGGGGCCAUCAUUGCUGGAGAUAACAUGCUAUAUUCCAUUGGACUGCUAUACCUCUCCGCUUCUACUUAUUCUCUCAUCUGUGCCACACAAUUAGCAUUUAAUGCUGUUUUCUCGUUCUUCAUCAAUCGGCAGAAGUUCACUGCUCUGAUACUGAAUUCAGUGAUAAUUCUUUCAUUAUCUGCUGCACUGCUUGCUACCAAUGAUGAUUCAGAUAAACCUUCAGGAGUCUCCCGGGGCGAGUAUAUUCUUGGAGUUCUUACUACCCUUGCAGCUUCUGCGCUGUACUCCCUCGUGCUGUCCCUCAUGCAGCUGACAUUUGAAAAGGUUCUGAAGAAGGAAACUUUCUCCGCUGUUCUUGAUAUGCAGAUUUACACAUCAAUUGUGGCAACUUGUAUCACGGUUGCGGGCCUCUUUGCCAGUGGAGAAUGGAGGACUAUAAGGGGAGAAAUGGACAGUUUUGGCAGUGGAGAGGUCUCUUACGUAAUGACACUGGUAUGGACAGCCGUCGCGUGGCAAAUCUGCUCUGUUGGUGUGGUAGGUUUGAUAUUCGUGGUAUCUUCCCUCUUCUCCAAUGUUAUCAGCACCCUUUCUCUAGCAGUUACUCCUAUUGCUUCUCUGAUUGUCUUCCACGACAAGAUGAACGGGGCGAAGAUAAUCGCUAUGUUGUUGGCCUUUUGGGGCUUUGCUUCUUACAUAUAUCAGAACUAUCUUGAUGAUCUUGAGGCCAGGAAGAAUCAAACUGAAGCUUGUGAUGCCACCAACACCACUGAUCCUUGUUAACUCAUCAUCUCUACUGCAUAAACUCUUUUUUUAGGGGUUUAGAUUAUUAGCCUUCAUCUCAUUGCAAAAAUAUUACUUCCUGUUGCUUAGUUGCAGUUUUCUGGUACAAAAAAUGUAGAGAAAUUGUUGAUAAAGAAAAUCCGUGCAAUAAUUUGUAAAACUUUUUUAGGCAAAUUUUAAUAUUUUGGAAUAAAUUGUCCUUAAA